CUCACUUUUGCUUUGUUUAUAUUGAUACUCUCCUUUUCCUGGCCAGGAAGUAUGAUAAAUCGAUCUCAUUGGGGUGGUUUCACGGAUGGAAGUGACAAAAAGAAGGAAAAUCAACCGAAUGAUAUAAUUUACUCAGAAAGUCGAUGCGAUCUCCUUGCAGAGCUGCAACAAAGCAGAGAAACUCAUCAGGCUCAAACGGAAAAGCUACAUUCGGAAAAUGUUAUCGUCACGCAAACAGUUGAGGUGAUAAAUCAACGUGAAAUGAUACAAACUCUCAUUGAUACUUAUGUUGACAAAUCGGGUCUCAAUUAUGUCCUCAAUCCUUGUCAGAAAAUGCCAAGAAUUGAGUUCCCACCGGGAAAUUCGGCCAAUUUGAUCAAGGAGAACAACAAUCCGUUCUGCUUCAAUCAACCGCGAGAGACAAGAUUCACUCGUGGAGAGCAAACAAAAACCUUCCCAAGAUUGGAAAGAGCUGAAGUAGAUGCAGCAAUUAGGAGAUCACUGGGAGGACUGCUAAAAGUGGCAGGAUUCACAGAGGCUCAGGAUUCAGCAAUGGUAAUGUUCGUCGAUGCUGUCGAUUAUUUCUACAAAUCUCUAAUGGAGUACAGCAAUGAGAUGAUAUCCCAAAAUCCAGACACGGAGAGGCAUCGACAUUUCGAUGUGAUGACUCUGGAAAAAGCCUACAUGGCCAUGAGUGGAAGAUCUCUAACAACACUCCACAAUUACUACAAGGACAACGUGAUUGGGAGGAACAGGAUUGAGAUUAAGGACUUCAAGAAUAUCUCUCAGGAAUACAAUAAAUUCAUGCAGGAGAGUCAGAAUAUGCAUAAAUCCAGUUCAUCGAUCAAGGAGGAGGAUUAUUUGGCCUUUAUGGACUUUUCCGUGGCUUCCAGGGCAGAUUCUUCCGUCCAGGAGAACCCACAAUCGAACAUUCAGUCGGAAAGUGGAGAUUUGAGUGGCUUCAGGGAUAUCUUUGAGGGAGAUCUCCUGUCUACGGGCACUACGGAUGGUAGCAGUAGUUCACAGCAGGGACUCGAGCCGGGCCUGGGUUAGAAUCCGUGAGAAUAAACUAUGGUAAUUAUUUCAAAUU